CAGAGCCGAGCGGCGCCUCCAAGUUCCGUGUUGUUGAGUCCCGACCGGGCAGCGCGCGCGACGACGGAGGGACGCGAGCAUCCGGUGUGAGGCAGGAAGCGGCGUGCGCGGAAGCGAGCGAGCGAGCGAGCUCGAAGAAGAGCACGGAGGGCUUUUGGGAGGUUUUCGAUAUUUUGGAAUUUCUUCUGCUCGCUUCCGCACUCGACUCCCGUCUUCUCCCUUGGUUCGAUGCGUCGUCCGGAACGUCGGUGACGUCAGGCCCGCCAACUUUUCCGCGAGCGGCGUGUGAUGCCGACGGAGCCGCCGCCCCCUCAUGGAGUGAUCAUGCGUCGCCGGGAGGUUCCGGAAGGAAAAGCGCUCGUCGGCGGCCUUUUUUCCGAGGAGGCGCCAGGACAUUGAACGUGAUCGGGACUUGCGAACAUGGAGCAGGACUUCACCCAGUCGCCCUUCGCCCUUUGCUAACGUGAGUCCGACGCCGCAGAGGCGAAGGCUUUCUUUCCGACAUGGCCGCCGCCGCGAGGACGCACCGAGUGAGAGACUUUAACCAUUUCAUUACCUGCUACCUUUGCGGCGGUUACCUCAUCAAGCCAGCCACCGUCACCGAGUGCCUGCACACCUUCUGUAAGAGUUGCAUCGUGCAGCACUUUGAAGAGAGCAACGACUGUCCCAAAUGUGGCAUCCAAGUCCACGAGACGAACCCCCUGGAGAUGCUCAGGUUGGACAACACCCUGGAGGAGAUCAUCUUCAAGCUGGUUCCGGGCCUGCGAGAGCACGAGGAGGAGCGAGAGCUGGAGUUCUGGAGGAAAAACCGGCGUGGCGACAACCUCCCAGCUGACGUCACGGCGGGGGCGGGGCUUCCCCACGACAGCGGCGGCGCCGCCGCCGCCGACGACGACUACCACAGGAGCGACCCCCAGAUCGCCAUCUGCCUGGACUGUCUGCGCAACACGGGCCGCGUCGGCGACGCCAGCGUCACGGAUCUGAUGAAGAAGUUCAUUCGCUGUUCCAGUCGCGUGACGGUCGGAACCAUCAAGAAGUUUCUCAGCCUCAAACUCAAGCUGCCCAGCUCCUACGAGCUGGACGUGUUGUGUAACGGCGAGAUUAUGGGCCGAGACCACACCAUGGAGUUCAUCUACAUGACCAGAUGGAGGCUGCACGCCGACAACACGUACCCGAUGGUCCUGGAGUACCGACCGCGCGUCGACUUUGGAUGAAGUGCACAUAUUUACAGGGUGUAAUGAAGAUAUUUUUGUAGAGUGUAAACAGUUUUUACGCUACCUAGAAAUAAUAUGAAUAUGAGCGUACA